AUGGGGGGGGGGGUAUACCAGCUACGGAAACUGCUGCUAUCCGGGCGUGUUGCUGAUGCUUUGGAUCAGCUCAAUGCGACCUUCUCUGCCGCAGACCCCAGACGAGACGAAACCCUCGGAGAGUUUCAUCUCCUCGCCGGGUGGAGCCGCUUUGCUGCUUUGAAUUUUCCGGUUGCUUUUCAGCACUUCUAUCACGCUCCUCUUGACUUAGGUCAUUUGCUCGCUUUCUGGCGCCGCAUGUGGCCGUCGUGGCUGCAGAUGCCGCUGACGAAGGAAACGCAAACCCUCCUCUCUCAAAACCCUCCUUCUCUCAUGCCCCCCCCAAUGGAGUUAACAGAAUUCGUGAAAGAAAUUACAGCCAAGGAUAGAAAACCAUCAGAAACGGAGGCGCAGCUGAAGGCGAAGCAGCAGGUCCUUAUCGAGGCAAUCGCUUGA